UGAAUCUUCAAGUACAAAACAAAAUUUAAACGAAAUUUGUGUUCUUAAUUUGAAUCUAAAAUCGAUUUUAUUUUUAAUUUUAUUUUCAGGUUGACAACGGUCAAAAUGAAAAUUAAAGUAUUCAUUGCUGUAAGCAUGGUUGCCUGCGUGUUAGCUGAACCUCCUGUGGGAGAUUCAUAUUCCUACGCUGAUCACUCAAGUCAACGAUCGCUCUCAACUCAAUAUGGCGCUCCAGCUUUUGGAUCUCGUUCCUUCAAUCAAGGAUACUCACAACCAUCGGAAGAGUAUGGCGUUCCAGCACGUUCCACUCAGACACGUUCAAACAUCGGAGUUUCCCAACAAUAUGGAACGCCUAAGGAAAGAACCACGCUAUCUCUGAACUAUGGUGUACCCACGACUCGUGGUCAAUUUAACGCUGCACGCGACAUUUCUCGUCAGUACAUACCAACUGCACGCUCACAAGGCUUCAAUUCCCAAUUCAGUACGAGAAACACCCAAUUGUCUCAACAAUACGGUGCUCCUGAAACUAGAAAUCUAAUCAACAAGAAUGUGGAAGAUCCAACUCAGGAAUAUGGCGUUCCUGCAUUGAGAAGUUUGUCCGAUACUAUUACAGUUCCUGGCAUUCCUUCCGACUCUUACGGCGCUCCACUACAAAGAUCACAAGAUAUUCCUUCUGAACAGUACGGCGUGCCUGGACAAAGCUUUGGUUCGAAUAAAUCUCCAAACUUCCGAUCUUCUGUUUCCCAAACAUAUGGCGCUCCUCGUUCUAACUAUGCGGCUUCUACAAGAUACAAUUCAUUCAAUGCUCGAUCUCAAAGCCCCAAAAUUUCGGACACAUAUGGUGCUCCUGCUAGAUCUCUAUCCACUCAAUACGGUGCGCCAAGUACUAGUUUCAAAGCAUCUUCUUACCAAAAGAGCCUCUCUGAAACAUACGGAGCUCCCAAUGAAAGAUCUUUGAGCACUGAAUACGGAGCGCCUAGUGGUUUAAACACCAAUGCAUUUGUUUCGUCAUACGAGUCUGCUAGGUCCUCUCCAUCCACCAAGUAUGGUCCACCAGCUGCUGCUCGCGAAGCGAUGCCUUCUGACCAAUAUGGAGUUCCAGAACUGAAUUCACUUCUCUCCAGUCAAGGAUACAGCGCUGCACGGAAUGCUAUUGAUGAAUUGCUAAACCAGGAGCCAGCCAGCUAUGACUUCGGUUACAAAGUGAAUGACUUGGAGAGCGGGAGUGACUUUGGUCACACGGAGACGAGGCAAGAUAACAGAGCUGAAGGAUCCUACUUUGUGGUGUUGCCUGAUGGUUCUAAGCAGGUGGUAGAAUACGAAGCAGAUGAGCGUGGUUUCAAGCCUAGGAUCUCAGUGGAACCACCUGUAGGACAGGGCUAUGAUGACAACGCGGCAGACUUCGCCAGAUCGGGACCCUAUUAAUUAAGAAUGCUCUAAACAACGAUCGCGAUAACUCAAGUUUCAAUUGAAUUUUAAAUAUAAGCAAAAUGAUCAGAUGAUACUCAGUUUGACUGUUAAUAGAAUUUAAAUAAUGUGAUUUUUCUUUUUGUUUUGCGUUGAAUUCAGAAUUAGAUGGUUGAAUUAUGACCGAUCGCAAUUAAAAUUUUCCAUUAUCCUUGUAAUUAUAUAACUUUCACUGAAUUUCGUGUAUUCUUGUUAAUUAGUCAACGCGGUCAGUAAAUUGUUUUAUAUCUGCAUUAUUAAAAUGGUUUGGGAUAACUUUUAAAUUUUUCGUAUUUAUUUAACGAUUCAAUUGAAUUUUGAUUGACGGACAAAUGUAUUUGUAAAAUACUCUAAUUAUUUAUUUCUAGCAAUAAAAAAUGUAAAAAAAACCAUAGCUCUUAAGCUCUUAUGCUUGUGAUGUAGAUUGUAAACAGUGCCAUUAAAUGUUUAUAAAAUA